AUGACUGAAGGCCACGCCGCUCCAGCCCCCGAGGCGACUCCCGCCAUGGCUGCUGGUGAUAGUACCGGCGCUGCUCCCGUCACUGCCGGUCCCCGUCACCAUGCUGCUCCCCACACCGACAACAAUGCAUCGCCAAGUCUCAAGGAGCAGGCCUCCGGAGAAAGACUCACACCUCGUCCGACCUUCAUGGAGAAUCUGGCCAACUCGCGAGAAGCUCAAUUCCACUUUCAUCGAACCGACUCGAGUGAACUGGAGCGAUACUUUCAAGGGCCCCGUGACAUGGACAAGCACUCCAAGUGGCCAAUCUUUAUGCGUAUGCAUGGCAGUGUGACCCCCAAGAUGAUUGUGCCACUCCUGAUCGUUGGCGGCUGGGCUACUGCCAUUACCUGCAUUUGCAAGUUCGGCCGUGACAUCUCCAUCAACAACAUCCUGCUCACUGUGCUCGGUUUCGUGGUGGGUUUGGCAUUGUCGUUCCGCAGUUCGACUGCUUAUGAAAGAUGGGCCGAUGGUCGCAAAUACUGGGCCCAGCUCAUUCAAACCUCCCGGAACUUGGCCCGUACAAUCUGGGUCAACGUCGCGGAACGUGAAGAUGAAGAAGGCAAGGUGGACAUUCUUCGCAAAGUUUCUGCGAUGAAUCUGAUUCUUGCUUUCGCCGUUGCCCUCAAGCACAAGCUUCGUUUCGAGCCGGACAUUGCCUACGGAGACCUUGCGGGAUUGGUUGGUCACUUGGACACUUUUGCUCGCGAUGCGCACGAUCGUGAUGCCCUGAAGCCCCGUCCCAAGUCGUUGUGGAAGUCUGCCGGUGAACAUCUCGGCGUACCGUUUGCUGAGUCUAACCCCCGCAAGUUGAUCAAGCGGUCCAAGAAGCCAUUGGGCCACCUGCCACUGGAGAUCCUGAACCACCUGUCCGCCUACGUGGAUUCGAUUGUGGCGAAUGGUACCCUUGUCUCCGGCCUGCACCAGAGCCAAGCUAUCACCAUGAUGUCCACCCUGAAUGAAGUCUUGACCGGAACCGAGCGUGUGCUGGACACUCCUCUACCGGCCGCAUACAGCAUUGCCAUUUCUCAAAUCGCCUGGAUCUACGUCCUUGUCCUGCCCUUCCAGCUCUACAGGUCCCUGGAGUGGGUCACAAUCCCCGCUUCCAUGGUGGCCGCAUACAUCAUCAUCGGUCUCGCCACCAUCGGCAGCGAAAUCGAGAACCCCUUCGGCCACGAUGUCAACGAUCUUCCCCUCGACACCUAUUGCCGACAGAUUGCCGUCGAGCUCGAUAUCAUCACCGCGGCUCCUCCUCCCAAUGUGAACGAGUUCAUGGACCGGCCCGAGAACCUCGUCCUCUUCCCGCUGAGCCAAAAUAGCUAUGGCGAGUGGAUGGCCCGCAGCAAGGAGGAUAUUCGUGCUGCGCUGCGCUCAAAGGUGACGACUGGCUCCGCAAUGAGCACUGCCAUCGACACUGUUUCCAAUGGGUCAGAUUCUUGCACGGUCAUGAGCCUUACCGAGAGGACAAAGCAGUCUGUUUGA